GUGUUCCGUUUCCUGUCGCUGUCGUUGAUGAAUGAAGCUGAGACUGAGAGAGAAACCGUUUGACUGUCAGCGCUUCUCCAAGAAGUUUUAAAUAGUUUUAACAGCGUAUUCAUCCAUCCACCUGCUGACAACAUGUGUACCGGCGCGUGCUCCAAAUUCAUUGCCAUCCCUCUGUACGUCCUGGCUCUGGUGUCAGUCAUCUGCAACAUCAUGCUGUUCUUCCCGGCCUUUGACACGCAGUUUGCCAAGGCGGACAAGAAAGGGAAUGCACGGAUCACGGAUGAAGUCAAAUACAUGGGAGGCCUGAUUGGAGGAGGAAUCAUGGUCCUUAUUCCUGCCAUUCACAUCCACCUGACAAGUGCCAAGAACUGCUGUGCUAACCGCUGUGGGAUGUUCCUGUCCAUUGGGUUUGCAGCCGCUGGUGUGUUGGGGGCUAUUUUCAGCUUGAGUGUAGCUUCUGUGGGUUUGGCCAACGGGCCCGUGUGCUCCUCGAGUAAAGAGUACCCUGAGAACCAUUGGGGAAGACCCUUUGCCAACAGUUCUGGGAGCUACCUGAGUGACAAAAGCUUGUGGAGUUUGUGUAAGAUCCCUGAAAAUGUGGUUGAGUUCAAUGUGGGGCUGUUCUCCACGCUGCUGGUGGCGGCCUCCCUGGAGCUCAUCCUCUGUGCCAUCCAAAUGGUCAACGGGCUGUUUGGCUGCCUCUGUGGCACCUGCUCUGGGAAGGAGUGAGUGAAACCAGACCUCCACCACACCAGGAUCUCCGACUGAGAGCUAAAGGAUAUCCAACAGGUCCAUCAUCAGCUGUUAUCUACACCAUCACCUUCGUCAAGUUCCACAAUGGGACAGAAAAGCUUUCCCAUCAGACUGCGAUGACUGGUGAUGUGCACCUGGAACCAUUUCAUGAUGAGUUAUAUGAUGUAAAGUUGUUUAAAUAUUUUGUAAUAAACUUUGAUCAAUUGA